GUAAACGCGUUAGUUUUUGGAUUUUUCAUUUAACUUUAUCGAUAAAACAAGUGUGACAAUUAUCCUGCAAGGUUACGGUGACAUCCUGUCCGUCAAUUCUGUGGUUCCGCUCACUCUCAGGUGGUGGUGCCCUAUCGAAGAAGGCUUAAUAAUACAGAGGUAUGGGUCACGGCCACGAACAUCAUGGACACGCAAAAAUGCACCUGCCUGACUAUAAGCAGUGGAAAAUAGAAGGCACUCCUUUGGAGGAAGUACAGAAAAGGCUGUCACAUCGAGGGCUUAGAGAUCCAUGGCUAAGAAAUGAAGCCUGGCGGUACAUGGGUGGGUACGCUAAACCUGCAACUUUUAAGGACGUUGUGUUCAGAGGCUUUAAAUGGGGAUUUGCUGCCUUUGUGGUAGCGCUCGGUAUUGAAUAUGCCUUGUUUCCACCAAAGAAAUCUGAAGGCCACCAUUAGAAAGAUCUGUCUAACUUUGUUUGAAGACCACCCUGUUCAUAAUUGUAUUAAAGUGUUGCUACUGAA